UAAUUGAUCAUAAUUGAUGUAAACUGUUUAGUCUAUUUCGAAUGAUUUUGAACUGAUGUAGGCUAGUUCCUCAAUCCCGUAAAAUAUUUGGUUCUGUUCAGUUUCCUAGCUCCCUCAUUGCGCAUGUGCAGAGCAAGCAACAAGGGAUUCGCGAGCCGAUGAAAAUGGCCGACAUGGACACUGAGGUGUGCAGCAAUAGCCAAGAUAGCGGGAAAGGACAGGAGAAGGAGGAUGUGGGGGAUCCGGAGAAGACUGGGAAAGAGGAAGAGAAUGGGGACAUGUCUGGAGAGGAAGAUGAAGAAGACGAGGAGGAAGAGGAGAGCGGCGCCAAGCCGGAGGAGGGGCCGAAGCACAGUGGCGGGGGCGGCAGCAGCAAACGCAAGAAGAAGAAACACAAGCACCGCAGCAAGCACAAGAAGCACAAACGCUCGUCCUCCGAGGAGAAGGACCGCAGACACAAGCACCGCCACAAGCACAAGAAGCACAAGCGCAAGGAUGGCGCUUCCGCGCCAGCCACCAACAGCUCCUCCCAUGUCCCCAAGGGCAAAGGGGACGGUUCCCCCGCCGCCAAGCGGCCCAAGCUGGACGACAUGGCGGUGCUGGAGGACCUGGAGAAGCAGAGGGCCAUGAUCAAGGCCGAGUUGGACAGCGAGCUGAUGGAGGGGAAGGUGCAGUCGGGCAUGGGCCUCAUCCUGCAGGGCUAUAACUCGGGCUCGGAGGAGAGCGGCGAGGUCCUGGAGCGGGCGCGGAACGGGGAGCAGCGGCAGAGGGGCGCAGCGGGGAAGCUCCUCGCCCCCAAGAGCCACGGUGCGGCCCCACAGGCCGCCAAGGACACCAAGCCCCGCCGGGAGUCCACGGACGCCGGCAAGCCUGGCUCCAAGCGCCGCAGCCGGAGCAGGUCGAAGGACCGGGGCGGCAAGCCGCACAAGCCCGAGGAGAAGAAGGGGAAGAGCGGAGCGAAGGCGGCUAACGUGGCUAACGCUAAGGAGCGUGCGAGGGGCCGCAGCCGCUCCAAGGACAGGAAGCAGCGCUCCCGCAGCCCCGCCCGCUCCAAGGACCGAGCCAGGAAGUCCAAGUCCCCAGCCGCGAGGCGCCGGUCCUCCACGGACAGGACCCGGCGGUCGCCGUCCCCGCAGGGCGAGGCAGGGGGGCAGAAGAGCCGGGCCGGAGGUCGAAGGUCGUCGCCCCAGCCGCCGGCGGACGAGAGCCAGAGCCGCGAGCAUGGCGGCCGCAGGUCCCGGUCGCCCGAGCGACGGCGCUCCAAGUCCAGAGACGGGAAACCCCGGCAGCCCGAGGCCGAGAGGGACCGCGACAAGAAACCGCCCAAGUCCCCUUCCAAGGACGCGUCGUCGGGGAAGGAGAACCGCUCCCCGGGGCGCCGGAGGGCCAGCAGCGCCCAGCCGAGACGGAGCGCCUCCCCCCGCAGGAGGGACCGGCGCUCCCCGCCGGCCCCCGAGAGGACUGCCAAAAAGAGCCACUCGCCCGUUCGCACCAAGUCCCCAGUCAGAAGGGCGCGCAGCCGGUCACUGGACCGCAAGCGCAGAGAGGCGGACCGUCAGCGCCCCUCCCCAACAAGGAUGCGGUCGCGGGACGAGUCCGGGGCGAGGCGGGACCGGUCUCGAGACGGGAGCCCACCGCUGGCCCGGCGCAGGCUCAGCCGCUCGCCCCUCAGGCGGAGGUCCCGCUCCCCAAUGAGACGCUCCCCUCGCAGACGCAGCCGCUCCCCGUUCAGGAGGAGGUCUCUGGACAGGGACCGGAUGGGCCGGAUGAGGAUGCGCAGACGCUCGCUUUCCCGGGAGAGGCUGCGCAGACGCAGACGCAGCAGGGACGAGGACAAGUUUAAGGGCAGCCUUUCAGAGGGCAUGAAGGCCGACCGCGAGUCCUCGUCCGAGGAAGUAUUGGAGGACUACGAUGUUGACGAGGAGGAUGAAGAGGCAGUUAUAGAGCAGCGGCGUCAGCAGAGACAGGCCAUUGUUCAGAAAUACCAGGUGGACAACGAGGACAGCAACGCCUCCAUGGCGUCAGAGCCCAGCAGCCCCCAGAGCAGCACCCGCAGCCGCUCGCCCUCGCCCGACGACAUCCUGGAGCGCGUGGCCGCCGACGUCAAGGAGUACGAGCUGGAGAACGUGGACACCUUCGAGGCCAUCGUCAAAGCCAAGCACAACCUCAUCGCCGUGGAGAAGGACGGAACCAAUCCAAAAAAGCCAUCAGCCCCUGAUAUGUUUACAGAAUCGGAUGACAUGUUUGCUGCGUACUUUGAUAGUGCAAGACUGAGAGCGGCCGGUAUUGGGAAGGACUUUAAGGAGAACCCCAACCUCAGGGAUAACUGGACAGAUGCAGAGGGGUACUACCGAGUGAAUAUCGGAGAGACUCUGGACAAGCGGUACGGGGUUUACGGCUACACGGGACAGGGUGUGUUCAGCAAUGUCAUUCGGGCCAGGGACAUGGCCCGGGCCAACCAGGAGGUGGCAGUCAAGAUCAUCCGCAACAACGAGCUCAUGCAGAAGACGGGACUGAAGGAGCUGGAGUUCCUGAAGAAGCUUAACGAUGCAGACCCUGAUGACAAGUUCCACUGCCUCCGGCUCUUCAGGCACUUCUACCACAAGCAGCACCUCUGCCUGGUGUUCGAGCCCCUCAGCAUGAACCUCCGGGAGGUGCUGAAGAAGUACGGGAAGGACGUGGGGCUCCACAUCAAGGCGGUGCGCUCCUACAGCCAGCAGCUGUUCCUGGCCCUCAAACUGCUGAAACGCUGUAAUAUCAUGCACGCCGACAUCAAGCCCGACAACAUCCUGGUGAACGAGUCGAAAACCAUCCUCAAGCUUUGCGACUUCGGCUCGGCGUCUCACAUCGCAGACGGCGACAUCACACCCUACCUGGUCAGCCGAUUCUACAGGGCCCCUGAAAUCAUUAUCGGGAAACCCUACGAUUACGGAAUCGACAUGUGGUCUGUGGGCUGCACGCUAUAUGAACUUUACACAGGGAAGAUCCUCUUAUCGGGCAAAACCAACAACCACAUGCUCAAACUGGCCAUGGACGUCAAGGGCAAGAUGCCCAACAAGAUGAUUCGAAAAGGUCUGUUCAAAGACCAGCACUUUGACCAGAACUUGAACUUCUUGUAUAUUGAAGUGGAUAAAGUGACUGAAAGGGAGAAGGUGACCGUGAUGAGCACCAUCAACCCCACCAAGGACCUGCUUGCUGACAUGGUGGGCUUCCAGAGGCUCCCCGAGGACCAGCGCAAGAAGGUCAACCAGCUGAAGGACCUCCUGGACCAGAUCCUAAUGCUGGACCCAGCCAAGCGGAUCAGCAUCAACCAGUCCCUACAGCACCCCUUCAUUCAAGAGAAGAUCUGACCAACCCUCACACCACCAAGUACAUGGGUCUGGCAGAAAACAAAACAAACAAAAACAUUGAUAAAGUUUGUUACUGCAGAGACUUGACUCAAGAAUGUCUAGAAACAAGCUUAUUUUUUAAGUAGUGUAAUAUUUUUUUUAAUUGAUUUUGAUGCACGUACAUAAAACCUGUUUGUUUUUAUUAUGAGCAUAAAAUACAACCAAAGUAGGGGUCCAAGAAUAUAUGUAUAUAUUUUUCUUCUAAGAUGAUCUAUGAUGCACCCAUAAAUUGGGAACAAUUUGACCUCAGCCUCACUUUUUUUUUUGUUGGGGAAAGAAGUACUACUAUUGUGGUUUGGCCAUCCCAAUAGAUUUUGUGUGGGGAUUUUAGUAGGGAACAAAAAUCCUGAAUUUUGUUUUUGUUUUUGUUUUUUCUUUAACUAGCACUCUUGAACCUUGGAGGGGUGACCAGUUGCUAUAAAUGUAAAUAGGUGACGCAUCUCCUUCUGAUUUCUCUCAUCGGGAAGGUUAAUUUCCAGUAAACGGGUUGCCGAGGUUGCGAGGUUACAUGAAUGAAAUUGAAGUGUCCGAUGACCUUGCUUUAACGUGACCCUGUCUGUUUCUCCUCUUGUUAUGCACACAGAACGCACGCGCGCACUUAGAGGCGCGAAGGGUGUGGCGCGCCUCGCGCGGCCGCCUCUCUGUGUGGCGCAGGCCAGCGUUAGCGCUGCCCGCGUCCGCAUCUCCCCCCAGAUGCGCGCACAGCGGUCGCGGCCGCCCACCCCUGGCGUUGGCCCCCCGUGCCCCCUCUUGAGCACGCCUGCAGGGACAGCCUCCUCUAUUAAAGCAGGUUGCGUACCACUUUCAGUAGACUGAAGGUAAGCUCCCCAACCCAAACUACUUCACAUUUUAGCACUCAGAACAGAAUUCCUGGCCUCUUGGGCAUUAGCUUUUUUUUUUUUGGGUUACGCGUCUUGCAUGUUUCAAAAGGUUUAAGAAGAUGGGGUGGAAAAAUGCAACCUGACAAACAAACUUCUCCGCUCAAAAGCUGUAGGCCAGCAGUUGUUUAAUAUCCGAGGUUUACUGAACAGCUACAGGUCUGUGUGUAAAAUGUUAAUUUUGUUUCUCUUUUUAAAAAAAACUCAAGUGAAUUCAAAUGGGUUUUCCGCAAACCAGUCAAGUAGAAGCGUGGGGGUUGGGGGGUGUUUGCUUUGCUCUCAUGGAGGAAAGCACAUUCAGUGUACUGCUUCUCUCAUUAGAAAUUCUACUCCUUGCAGUUUACAACUUUUCAAAUGUAAAGGGUAAUCUACUGUUUUUUUCCCCCUUAUCCCAUUUUCUGCUAAACUCUCUGUGGUCACAUUUUGGUAUGAAAGGGGCGGCUUUGUACAGUUAAAGUUCAUUUAAACUAUUUCAGUAUUUUCCCCUUCCUUCGUCUUUCCCUUUCUCUCAUGUUUGUGAUCAUGUCUUUUGAUACAGGGGUUUUCCUGCACAGAUCUUUACCAUCUGCUUGUUGCAAGCGGUAAUUGCUUCUUUAAUUUUCUCCUCUGUACUGCUUUGACUGCUAAGACUUUGGGGAAUUCAGGGAAAAAAAAUAAAGGAAGUUAAUUGUAGUUUACACAGAUUGCGCUUUGUUUUUUGUCUUUGGCUACUUGUAAUGUCAGCUGUUCUUAUAUGCCCACUGGACGGUGCAGAACUGUUGUAAAUUCUCAAAAAAAGCAUAAUAAAAUAAAGUUUUUUGUGAAAAACAAAUCCACAAACCAUGGUUUGUAUGUAAAGCGUAACAGUUUCUUGUAGUAAUAUUCAUUUGUAAUUCCUUGUGCUCACUUUGAUUUUCUUUCUCAAGCAUUUAAGAGAAUGUGGUUAAAUCAUUUUGCCUCAUUAUCUUCACUUCUGGAAUCUUCCUUAAACCUAAAUAGACUUUUAGUCCAAGAAGUAAAGAUGCAGGUAAAGAGCCAUGUACUCUGUACCCAAACUCCAUUUUAGUCUGAGUAUAAUAGUGUGGUGUACAGGUGUCAGUAGAAAAACUGGAUUGGUUGUAUUCACCCAACACUAAUUGAUGUUUGUGAUGUUUUUCUCCACUGUUUCCUGUGGUUGCUGAGAGACAGAAACACAGUUAAACUUCCAGGCCUGGAGGCUCUGUCACCCGUCUGCUACAGCCUGGUUCUGCUUUGAGAGAGACAAGAUCUCCAGCUACUUAACAAGGUCAUUUCUGAUGGCAUGUGUAGAUAAGACAUAGACAGGGAAAGUGGUAUACAGUACACCAACACAGAUCUAGAUUUACCAGUAAACAAUACUAAUAUCAGCUCUGGAGGGAACCCAGGUGGUGGCCAUUUUGUCACCUCCAUUUAUUAUGUUCGUGCUACCACUUGUGGUCAAUUCUGCACACCUGCCUGAAAGGGAAGGCAAUGUAUUUCUUAUGAGCAGCAGUUACUCAUGUAGAAAGCACCCAAGUUCUGCCAUUGUCAGUGCUGUAGCCUAAGUGGUACUCUGGCGUUCUCUGUAUGUUUUGACCAAAAGAAGGUAUGUUUUCAUUUCUCCAGAUCAUGUGUGAGGCAACCAUGUCAUGGGGAAAAAACUUGGUCUUGUGCAGGAGCCAGACUUGAACUUUGAUGAAAAUGAGGGGCAUUUACAUCUGAACAUUUAAAUGUGUGGAAGAUUGCCCCACACCUGUAAAUGUUUAUCUGAUUUGGCACUGCUUUGUCGGUUUUUUUUUUCUCGUUUUUUUUUCCCCAGAGUGCAUCUAGAUGCUCGUUGUGUAUUCUCUGUAUUCUAGGCGCAGUCCAGUCGAAGACCCUCACAGGGAACCUCAACUGGACAAAGGUUUCUGUUUUAGAGUGCAGUCUGUUGAGCCUGUGAUGUGUAAAAGAUGUCAUUGUUUUGAUAGUAAUUAGCUGUGUGGGGCCUGUAAGCCACCCGGAAGAUCAAAGCCUCCCGCUAUCCAUCUGAAAUUUGGUUCUCUUCUAUCUGUAUGAAGGGAAACAAAUUUGUUUUGUGUGAAAGCGUUUUAGAUGUGUUAAUUUCCAGAAUGUUAAAUAUAGCAUGUCGGCUGAUUGUAAUGAAGACUGACUCUCCUUUACAAAUUCUUUAUCUGCCAAUAUUAUAAUCAUUUGGUGCAUGUAGUUGGACGUAGUGUACUGUAGAAGCAACUCUGAAACAGUAAAUGUGCAAGUGUGUAUAGAUAAGGUCUUGAAUGCACAAGACAUUGGCUUUUGAAAUGCUCAAUAUUAGUGAUCACCGACAAUAAGGUAAUGCUCUUGUUUUUUUUGUUUGGGACAAAUAUGUUCAUAUAAGUUCAGUUUUAUUACUACAGUAACUGUGCCUUUCUGACUUUUCUUUUGUCUUGUAGGGUAAGUCACCAUUUUCCAGUCCCUUCCUUCUGACCUGAUAUGACUUCAAUGGAGGCUUCAGUGGCAGUCAAGUGAAACUGACUGAACAGUUUGAUUGUUGGCUGUUCUUCUGUAUUCAAUAAAGUUCUACAAAGUCCAGUGAGGAAAA